CCCAAGGCAGAGGGCGGGUCACUCACCUCGCGCUCCCUCAGCAAACUCCUGUUCACCAUACCCCAGUCCACCAUGAAACCUCGCGCAUAAUAGCCCCUCCCGCUGACGCUCUCUUCCAUACAGCCUCACCAUGGAGUCCGCAUACCUGACAAAAGCCCACGAGCACGUCCGAAACGCAGCGACGGCCACAUACAGCAGCAGCAUCGUCACCGCGGGGGCAGAGCAUGAACAGGCAGCCUCCGCCUUCCGCAACGCCGCUCAAGAUACCCACAAUGCAGAGGCGCUCCGCAUCCUGGAGCUGCUCGAGAAUCACCACGUGAAGCUCGCCCAGCUCAUCAGAGAACCGCCGAGGAAGAAAGAGAAGGACGGCGAUGCUGCUUCCCAAGCUUCUGAGUCUGCUUCUCAGGCGUCUGAGUCUGCUACCCCUCCUCCGGCAAAGGCGGCGACUGCUAGAACUAGCUCGCCAAGCCCGGGUGCCUCCUCACCCACCCGAGCGCCUUCCCGUCGAAGACUGCCCCAGUCUUCGAUAGCUAGCAACCUUGCGGAGAAGAGAGGCAUACCCGGCGUGCGGAGAGCCACUCCAGCUGCCUCGCCAGUCUCCGUCACAAACGCUCUUGCCACUCGCAGUGAACGACCAGACACUCCUGUUCGAGAUCUCCUCCAGCGGCAGUCCAGAGAUGCAGAAGAUGCCAACAAGAAGAAAGGGGAGUCCUCUCAUCCCACGCACCGUGCCAACCAAGCCCUAUCAAACGCAGAAGAAUCUCCUGCCCCUCGGCCCUCCUCCUCUCCUUCAGAAGACAAUUUUCGCCGCUUCUACUCAGCCUUUGGGGGUGUCAUCUCCGCCAUUUCUGCACCUCUUGCCUUCACCUCUCUCCCACUCCACCCUACCCCUCCGCCAGCACCCGAUCCCGAACCUAUUUCUCUACCUAAAAAAUCUAAAUCUAAAUCCCCUGAUACUUCCCGUUCAAUCAAGUCCUCUGAACCCGAUCUCGCCGCUUUGAUCUCCAAGCCCGCUCUCCGCGCUCUAAGGGAAGACCGGCAAGGUGCUCUCGGCCCCUUCGCAAACAACGAAUCCUUCUACGUCGUCCCCACGUCCGGCGGCACCGUCUCCUACGCCAAUAUCCUGAGAGACCAACAAGCUCAUCCCCAUCAUGCUGCUCAGAACCCCCAGCUCGAUGCUAUCGAUGAGCUCGAAGGCGAUGGCCUUCGGGGAAGCUCCCAUGAAGAAUUCGUCGACGCACGAGAGACUGCAUUCCCGCCUUCCCCCACCGCCCCACGACACCAACGUCCGCGGUCAAGAGGCUCUACCGUAACCACUGCUCGCACGAUUCCCGCAGGCAGAGGCACCGGACUCAAAACCAUGGAAGAAUUGCAACUUGAGAACGAGACGUUACGCACGCUAAUAGACAAACAAGCAAAGCGUCUCUCAAUGUGGGAAACCACGUCGCAAUCCUCGUACAAUGCGCUUGCGCAAUCAUUCCGUGCAAGAGGCGGCAUUGGAAACAAACAGAUGAGUGAUCCGAGUGCGCUUGCGCAGGCGCUAUCUCUGGGAUCGAAUGCGCUACCUUCUCCGCCGCCUGUUCCAAGUAUACCGCCGCAAUAUAGCCAACCUUCGAAGGGAAAUGAGGACGACGAGAAGGAGAAGGAAGCACGAGAACGGAUCGCAGAGCUCGAAGCAUUGCUUGCGGGACGAGAGCAGCAGAUUUCAAGUUUGACGGAUGAGAAAGAAAGUCUGGCAAAGCAAAACGAGAAGCAUGCACUCGUUAUCGGGAGAUAUAGAGAGCAGUGGGAGAAGCUGAAGGCUGGAGCGCGGAAGAAGGAACAGGAGAGGAGGGAGAAACGAAUUAUUGAAUUGAAGACUGGAGCUACGGAGGGCAAGGACAGUGCUAGGGAGAGUGAAAGUGGGGAUGCGGAGGAUAAGGAGGAGGGGGAGGGUCUUGUGGAGGAGGAGCCUGGCUUCGGGAAGGCGUAAGGUGGUGGGAAUUGGCAUUGGUAGCACGUAACUAGGAAUCGAGAGAAUGGUGC